UCCCUGCCUCAGGAGCCAUGGACACGGCACUGCUCUUGAACGUGGAGGGGAUAAAGAAGACCAUUCUGCACGGGGGCACAGGGGACCUCCCAAACUUCAUCACUGGAUCCCGAGUGACCUUUCACUUCCGCACCACAAAAUGUGACGAGGAGCGGACGGUGAUAGACGACAGCAAGCAGGUGGGCCAGCCCAUGCACAUUAUCAUUGGGAACAUGUUCAAGCUGGAGGUCUGGGAGAUCCUGCUGACGUCCAUGCGGGUCGGCGAGGUGGCCGAGUUCUGGUGCGAUACCAUUCACACGGGUGUCUACCCCAUCCUGUCCCGGAGCCUGCGGCAGAUGGCCGAGGGCAAGGAUCCCACGGAGUGGCAUGUGCACACGUGCGGGCUGGCGAACAUGUUUGCCUACCACACGCUGGGCUACGAGGACCUGGACGAGCUGCAGAAGGAGCCGCAGCCACUGACCUUCGUGAUCGAGCUGCUGCAGGUGGAGGCCCCGAGUGAGUACCAGAGGGAGACCUGGAACCUGAGCAACGUGGAGAAGAUGCAGGCGGUGCCCAUCCUGCACGGAGAAGGCAACCGGCUCUUCAAGCUGGGCCGCUUCGAGGAAGCUUCCACCAAGUACCAGGAAGCCAUCGUCUGCCUGCGGAACCUGCAGACCAAGGAGAAGCCCUGGGAGGUGCAGUGGCUGAAGCUGGAAAAGAUGAUCAACACCCUGAUCCUCAACUACUGCCAGUGCCUGCUGAAGAAGGAGGAGUACUACGAGGUGCUGGAGCACACCAGCGACAUCCUGCGACACCACCCAGGCAUGGUGAAGGCCUACUAUGUGCGGGCGCGGGCGCACGCGGAGGUGUGGAAUGAGGCGGAGGCCAAGGCGGACCUCCAGAAAGUGCUGGAGCUGGAGCCGUCCAUGCAGAAGGCCGUGCGCAGGGAGCUGCAGGUGCUGGAGAACCGCAUGGAGGAGAAGCGUGAGGAGGAGCGGCUGCGCUGUCGGAACAUGCUGCGCUAGGGCGGGCCUGGGGCCGGGGAGCUACCGCCAGGCCCCCGGGCU